AUGAGAAAGAAUCCUGAGAAACGACUAGGGGCUGGUGAGAAAGAUGCUGAAGAAGUCAAGGAUCAACGGUUCUUCAAGCACAUAGACUGGGCGUGGGACCGUCUUCUUCGGAAGGAGAUAAAGCCGCAGUUCUUACCUCAAAUAAAAAAUCCGGAGGAUGUCUCGAACUUUGACGACGAAUUUACCAAGGAGAAGCCCCGUUUUUCAUCUGCGAAGGAUAAACAUAUCAUAACAGAGGCGGAUCAGCAACUAUUUGCUAAUUUUGAUUUUUCUUUGAUUGAUUAA